GCGUCGAUAUCGAAAAAACUAAACGUUAUCACUUCUCGCUUGAAAAUAUGACAGUGACAUUUCAAUUUCGCCGUCAAGUCAAGUGACGUGUAAGCUGUAUUCGUCGGCACCCUUUAAUUUCCUUCUGAGGAACCCUAAAAAGCUCAGGAUGAGCUUCAAACGAGAUAAAAAGGAGGAGGAGGAUAGCGGAGGCAAUCCCUACCAGAACUUAGACAAGACAAUAGUGUUACAGGAAGCGAGAUACUUCAACCAAUCGCCCGUCAAUCCGCGAAAAUGUUCGCUAAUUUUAACAAAAGUUCUGUAUUUACUGAAUCAGGGGGAAAAAUUUACAACCCAGGAGGCUACGGAAGCAUUUUUCGCGACUACAAAGCUGUUUCAAUCGAAGGAUGUUAUGUUACGUCGUAUGGUGUACCUAUGUAUCAAAGAAUUGAGUAAUUUGGCUCAAGAUGUGAUCAUCGUAACAUCUUCGCUUACUAAAGACAUGACUGGGAAGGAGGAUCUGUACCGGGCGGCUGCUAUUAGGGCCCUGUGCAGUAUUACAGACAGUACUAUGCUUCAGGCCAUAGAAAGAUACAUGAAACAAGCCAUUGUUGAUAAGAAUCCCGCGGUGAGCUCCGCUGCGUUGGUGUCGGCUUUGCAUCUGUCGUCGACGGCGCCUGAUCUCGUCAGGCGAUGGGCCAAUGAGGCUCAGGAAGCCAUCACAUCGGACAACGCGAUGGUAUCGUACCACGCGUUGGGCGUCGUCGCCGGCUCACGAAAGAACGACAAGUUAUCCACCGUGAAACUAGUCACACGACUCGCUAGGGCGCCACUGAAGUCACCCUACGCCCUCUGUUUACUAAUCCGUUUGGCUGCGCAACUAGUCGAAGAUGAUGAUUCGGAUGCAGCACAGCCCUAUAUAGAAUUUAUAGAGUGCUGUCUACGCCAUAAAUCAGAAAUGGUGAUAUACGAAGCAGCUCAUGCCAUCGUCAAUCUGAGGAAGACAGCUAGAGACCUAGCGCCCGCUGUGUCAGUUCUACAACUGUUCUGUGGAUCCUCCAAGGCAUCUUUACGACUAGCUGGAGCCAGGACCCUCGCUAGAUUAACAACUAAACACCCCACUGCAGUCGCGGCUUGUGCUGUUGAUUUGGAAAAUUUGAUUUCGGACCCAAAUCGCUCUGUUGCCACUCUAGCCGUUACCACUUUGCUGGCAACUGGAGCUGAAAGCUCAGUCGAUAGGCUAAUGAAGCAAAUAUCAAGUUUCGUAUCCGAGAUUUCGGAUGAAUUUAAAAUUGUCGUCGUAAGAGCUAUAAGGAGGCUUUGCACUAAGUUUCCUAGGAAACAUCAGUCGCUCGCGGCUUUUCUUGCUGGCAUGUUGCGAGAUGAAGGUGGAUUGGAGUACAAGGCAGCUAUAGCUGAUGCAAUCAUCGCUCUGGUUGAAGAAAACCCUGAAGCGAAGGAAACAGGGCUGGCUCAUCUAUGCGAGUUCAUUGAGGAUUGUGAACACACGGCUUUGGCUGUCCGAAUCCUACAUUUACUAGGUCGUGAAGGACCAAAAUCCCGUCAACCAUCAAGAUACAUAAGAUUUAUUUACAAUAGAGUGAUUCUAGAAUCUGGUCCUGUCCGUGCAGCGGCUGUGUCUGCAGUCGCUCAAUUCGGAGCGCAAAGACCUGAACUACUACCAAACAUUAGAGUCCUACUCUCCCGCUGCACACUAGACGAAGAAGAUGAAGUAAGAGACCGAGCUAUAUACUACAGCGCCAUUCUAGAUUCUGGUGACGAACAACUCAUCAACGAUUACAUCAUAAAUGUACCAAAACCAAACCCAGUCCUUCUCGAGAAAGCUUUACGAGAUCACUUGGCGACGCGACCGGAUGAACCUUUUAAUAUCUUAACCGUCCCAGCGGAGGAAGAAGUAAAGGAAAGCAAGGAGGCAAUCGUCGAAAUUGAAGUUCGGAAACCAGUACAAAUGUCGAUUGAGGAAAUUUACGCUGAACAAUUGGCAAAAAUCCCAGGUAUAGAGCGACUUGGACCAGUCUUCAAGACGAACCUGCCUAUAGACUUGACCGAAGCCGAAACAGAAUACAGGGUGCGUCUGUUAAAGCAUGUUUACGCACGCCACGUGAUUCUACAAUUCGAAUGCGUUAACACUCUUAACGAUCAGUUACUUGAACAAGUACAUGUUAGACUCGAAAUGCCUCCAGAGUACGAAGUUAAGUCCAUAGUUCCUUGCCAAAAACUCAUUUACGACAAACCAGACAGCGUUUUCGUUAUAGUUGAGUACCCAUGCGCGUUUUUAGACAGUCUGGGUACCUUUGGAGCGACCUUAGAGUUCGUAGUCCGGGAUUGCGACCCGAACACCGGGAUUCCGGAUCCCGGCGAGGGUUACGCAGACUCUUAUCCUUUGGAAGAGUUCGAAAUGGGCUGCGCGGACCAGAUAAGAGCUAGGGCAGGGUCCGAUGACUGGGAACAGACUUGGGAAAGAGCAGCGAAUGCUCCCGAAGCUAGUGAUACUUUUGUUCUCUCUCAGAAUGAUAUAAAUGAUGCCGCGAAGGCAGUUUGCGAGCAUCUUGGCCUGCCCAAAGCAGCUAUAGUUGGCGAAGCUGUUAAAGAGAUUAGGGGUGGAGGGAUAUUUAGGGGCGGAGCACCCGUUCUUGUCAGGGCUCGCCUGGCCGCUUCAGGAGGCGGUGUCACUAUGAAACUUGCAGCUAGAUCUCCAAGGGAAGAUGUAGCACAACUUCUUCUUGCAGCUGUCGGUUAAUUAAGUAGUGUUAUGUAUUUAUUCCAAUUUGUAUUUGUAGUUUAACGAGUAUGUAAUCUUACGCUGUGCUUUUAAGGCUGCGGUCACAACAAACUUUUUCAUAGAGAUUUUAAAAGUAUGGCCUGACAUGACCUAUUGGCGGCCUACCAUAGAGAAUCAACAGAAGCUAAUAGACAGUAUGUAAAGGUGACCUGUUGUCCUUUGACCUUUUCACGUAAUCUUAUAAUCAAAGUCAAGUAUUACAGCCCUUUUUAUAACAAGCAAUAAUCGAGUAUUUGUAAUCUAUUUGUAGUCAUUAGAAAUCAAGUACUUUUGAAAUACUUAAUAUAUUUUCAUGUAAAAUAAGUUUAUAUUUUGUAAAUUUUGUAUUAUUUUACGAUUUAAUUAUGUUUAUUUGUAUUUAUAUAGCAUUUAUUUUGGUAGAACAAGGUUUUCAAUUUGAUUUACUUGAGUUUUUAUGUGAUCAGUACAAAAAUAAGUUAUGUGUUGCCAACAACUAAUCUUUCUUUUUUUAAUUUAAUAGGAUUGUUGAUUGAUUUAAUUUCUGUUUUGUCGAUUCGUCAACGCUUUUAAACGUGUGUAUUUUUUUCGUGACGAUAAUUGUGUUUAAAAGCUAAAAGCGAUACUCCAGUUUUAAAUCGUAUUUUACCUUAAAUCGAAUUAGUACCCAAUGUUUUCUCAUCCAUUGCGCUUAUCAUCAAAAUAAAACAACAAAACAGUCUAAAUCGCUUUUUUUAAUACUCAGUCAACAUCCCUAUUAAAUAUCAACCUUCGUGAGAAUAACUUAUACUUAAAUGAUGCAACGGUUUACUGACGCGUAUUUACGGCGUCAGCUCGUGAUUAAGGACUCCGGUUGGGUCUGAAACUAGUCGGGCGAUCCCGAUAAAUACGCGUGAGUAAACCGUUACAUCGUAAGUCCCCCAUUUGUAUCUGUAGUUCAUUUUAAUAUCUUACUAUGCCACAGUAGGGCAAUAUUACAUCUCGUACGUAAAAUAUAGUAAUUCUGAACUGCAUUUUUAUCUGUAGAAACUGAUGUAUUCUAUAAUAGUAUUUCAAUAAACCCUUGUAUGACUUCA